GCAUGUUGUACUUCGGCUAAGUUAUUAGAGUCUUCUCAAAGGAGCAGCUUGAAGAUGAAAUACCAUACCUUGAUAUGUAUUCUCUGCUGAGCUCCUUACACUCCUGUGUUGUCAUAGCAUGCUGACGACUGCUGGAACACCAUCUGGAAAAGGAUUUAUUUUGCUGCUUCCACGAAUACUCGACAUGAUUGUUUUUCUUUUCAUGAUUCUCUUCUUGACCAACUGCCCUGAGACUGAUUGUCAUCACAGCAGUGAAUCAUGUAGUAGUGACAGUAGUGACAGUAGUGACGAGAGUGGAUGUCGGCACCCAGCACCUAAACCGGUAGAUCCAUGGCUGUCGUUUAAUCUGUGGGAUCUGUUUCCUGGCCUGAGGCCACAGCCACAGCCACAGCCACCACCUCCACCCCCACCUCUGCCACCUCCACCACCGCCACCGCCAUUGCCACCUCCACCUCCAACGCCAAAGCCAGCCCCACAGACCACAGCUGUCACCACACCCAUCACCACCAAAACUCCACGAGGAGACAAUGGAUGAACUGCACUUCACACACUCCAGGACAAAAUUGUACAAAUAUAGUAUUAAGUGAUUAAAAACAAUAUAUGUCUUCUACGUAUGCAUUAAGAGUUGAGUGUGUUGUAUCACGGUUGAACGUUUUUGUUGAUCACAUAUGAAUAUUGCAUAUUAAUUCCUAAAUUGCUGUUUAUAUCCUAAAUUUGUUUGAUAUUGAAUGAUGCCAUGGCCGCUAUAAAUACCGGUGUCGCUGACCGAACGGCCCCCCCUAAAAAUCGGUCCCCCGACCUUCUCUGCGCAUGCGUCACUUCAGAGCGUCAGCAGCGAUUCAUUGAUUAUCGCCUUGUAUCUGCUUAAAA